AUGACAGAAAAAAUUCUAAUGAUUAGACCAGACCAGUUCUCAGGUAAUGAGGACGUAAGAAAAUAUUUCAAGCAAUACGAAAAAGCAGCAGAUGUAAACGGUUGGAAGGACGAAGAUAAAGUAAGAUUUUUAUCGAUAUUCGUAAAAGGUACAGCAAGUAUAUUUUUGGAAAAUUUGGAAGACAAACAAAAUAAUUGGACAUGGAAUAAUUUGAAACAGGAGUUUCUCGACGAAUUUCAACCAAUGGGUUACAAUACAAUUUUAAAAACUAGAUUAGAAAAUAGACGUCAAGGAGAUACAGAGUCUAUAAUGAGUUUUGUAACAGAAAUAGAAAAUAUAUGUAGACAACUAAAUAAAAAUAUGCAGGAAGAAGAAAUUUGCACUUAUAUUUUAAAGGGAUUAAAAGAGACAGUCUUACAUGCGAUUUCAUUACACGACAAUAGCAACCUAAAGGAACUAAAGAAAAAUUUAAAAAAAUUUGAAUUGAUGCAAUUUCGAAUUAAUAACAGAGGACCAGAAUUAAGUGAUUAUACAGAAAUGCUUAAUGAACAUGUAUCUCAACUAAACCAAAAAACAAAAGAAAAAGGAAGAGAAAUCGAUGAACUAAAAAGACAGUUAAUAGAAAGAGAUAGAGAAUACAAAAAGGAGAUGAACCAGUUACGGGAAAAUAUUCAACAAAUCAACAUUACAGGAAGAAGAAAUAAAUCGGUAAACUUCGAUGAUGAAGAAAUAGAUAAUCGAUAUAAUAAUAAAAAUUAUAAUUAUAAUGAAGAUAGGAGCAGAAGUUAUAAUAGAGAAACAAAUUACCGAGGACGACAACGUGAAUACAGAGACCAAAGUCCAUAUCCAGGAAGAACAGAUCACGAAGGCAGGAACAAUUAUAGGGAAAAAAGUCCUUAUUCCGAUAGGUACAACAACUAUAAGCUCAGAGAAAGCAGUAGAGAUAGAUACAAUAACAAUAAAUAUAGAAAUAACAGUAGAGAAAUGAGCAAUAAUAGAGAUAGGUCUAACUCAAGAAAUAGGGAAAACUCCUACGACAGAUCCAGAGAUAGAGAUAGUUAUAAGAACAGAAAUCGUGAAAAUGACAUAAGUAGGAAACAGCACAGUAGGGAAAACAGCAGAGAAAGAUAUUCAAAAUCCACGACGCCGGAAGGAUUUAACAGAAGAGAAAAAAUAACUUGCUACAAAUGCAAUAAUAAAGGACACUAUGCUAGCGAUUGCAAUUUUUCAAAAAACGAAUAG